AUGGGAUUGUUUCAGAGUUGUUUGGCUAGAAAUAACAAAGUCGGUGUCAUGAAAGAGGAGAAAGAAGUGUACGAUAAGGUAUGUCGUACAAUGGUAACAGAGGUGGUCUCUGAAAAGAAAGGAGGGGUAGCAUUUGGUCUGACCUUUGUGUCGGAGGAAGCCCCAAAGAUGCCGCCUCGCAGACUGAUGGAACUCAAAAGAGAGGAAUCAGAAAAAAGUAGAGAGACUCGAGGAAAGGCGCACUUCAGUAAAAAAAUGAUGGCGGAAAAGAGAAGAGAGGAGGCCCGCGUACAGAAACAAAUAGAAGUCGCCUACAAAGAAAUGGAGAGACUCGAAAAAUAUGUUAACAUCACUAGAAGUGCUGAUUAA